GGUUUUUUUCUCCAGUCAUUUUCUUCUUCUACAUAUAGAUUUUCUCAAACACAUUUUCCAAGUUUGAGCCAAACAUCAUGAACAAAAAUCAGCUACAACGUCAGGUUGCUCUAAUGAGGAGCUCUCUCAUUGAACAGGACUGGCUAUAUAUUUGGAUGGAUAGGGAGAUUUCAGUUUAAAAACAGUUACAGCUAGCUAAAAGGAUAACUGCGAAAAACGAUCAUACUGGAAACAUAUAUAUAUAUAUAUAUAUAUAUUUAUAUACUGCAUCAAACAUUCUUAUAUAUAUAUAGUUCUAUAUCUUAUUUAAUAAAUACAUUUAUUUUAUUAGUUCAAUUUUUUUCAACAAAUAAACAAUUUUUUUUAAAUGUACUUGCAGGGGUACCUGGAUGAGCAGCAAUUUCUUCAACUGGAGGAUUUGCAAGACGAUGCUAACCCAAAUUUUGUGGAGGAAAUUGUGACACUCUUCUACAAAGACUCACACAGACUUUUCCACAACAUAGAACAAGCACUGAAAAGCAGACCUGUUGACUUCACUAAGCUGGAUAACUAUAUGCACCAAUUCAGGGGUAGCAACUCCAGCAUUGGAGCUAUGAAGGUCAAGAAUGAAUGCAAUCAAUUUAAAGAAUUUUGUUUGGCAGGAAACGCUGAAGGAUGCAUUAGGGCUUUUCAAAAAGUGAAACAAGAGCAUGAGACUCUAAGGAUGCAGCUCGAAACUUAUUUUAAGUUGAGAAGGCAAGCUGGACUGGCGCAGACUGUUUAAUAAUAAAUAAUAUAUAUAUGGAGCACGUCAAUUAAUAUGAUGCAAAGGAAGAACAUAGAUUUUGGUUACGAAGGCUGCCAUCAUCAACUAUAGGGCCUAGGCCAUAUAUACCUUAAUUAUAUAUAAUGAUAUUUAGUCGUAGUUGGCAAAUGAUGUUGAGAUUAUCUUAACUGUGUAUGUGUUAUUCAAAUAACGUAAUGUUUUUCUUUUGCC